UUCACCACGCGCGCCAGUCAGUCACUGGGAUGCGCGAGACCCAGCAGCUACGGAGCAUAUAGUGCGGGAGAAAACGAAAGCUUACCAAUAAUUGAAGAUCCUUCCUUUCUUUCUGUCGAAGGAGGAGAAAGCAGAUGCUGCAUGCGAAAUGGAAUUCGAUUUUUGUUCCACAGAACCAAAGACGCAAUGAGAGGGUUUAGGUUCAGGGAUCACUGAACAUUUGGUUCACAUGCAUAUGAGCAGCACAUUAGAGUUUUUUGUUCUGUGAAGAAAAAUAGUUCAUUUUCUCCUGAGGUGCAGGAUUGUACCUAACUUGACAUGGCUCUUUUAGUCCACCUAAAAACGGUCCGGGACCUUCGCGGAAAGGGGGACAGAAUCGCCAAAGUCACAUUUCGAGGUCUGUCGUUCUACACACGUGUUCUGGAGAACUGUGAGGAUGAGGCCAGAUUUGAUGAGACGUUCCGAUGGCCGAUUGCCAGCAGAGUGGAUGAAAACGACAUGCUGGAGGUUCAAGUGUUCAACUACAGCAAAGUUUUCACCAACAGAGUCAUCGGAACCUUCAGGAUGGUUCUACAGAAGGUGGCGGAGGAGGGGCAGCUGGAAGUGACAGACACACUCAUCGAUGACAACAACACUGCCAUACGGACUAGUGUUACCAUAGACAUCAAGUACACGACCAUGGAUGGGACGGUGGGGGUGUGGAGCGACGGGGAAUUCCUGGACGUUCCGGGCGACCCAGAGGGAACGUUCCAGUUUGAGACAGACAGCCUGCUUUCCGGACACAGCCAUGGAUCAGGAUCCGGAGUGUCUCCUGGACGAUCCAUCCACGGAAUUCCCACUUUCAGGAAAGCAGGGAAGGGGGUAUUCUCAGCCAUGAAGCUCGGCAAGACCAAGAGCUCCAAAGACGACCACAAGAAAGAUGAGCCAGCCACCCUGGACAUGGAGUAUCUGGACAGGAAGGCCAUGCGUCUGAGAGGAGUCGGGGGUCUCGACCCAGACUGCAUCUCCCUGGCGUCUGUCACCGCCGUCACCACCAAUGUCUCCAACAAGAGGUCAAAGCCUGAUAUCAAGAUGGAACCUAGUUCUGGGAGGCCUGUGGAUUACCAGAUUAGCAUCACAGUGGUCGAGGCCAGGCAGCUGGUAGGCCUAAACAUGGACCCUGUGGUCUGUGUGGAGAUUGGGGAUGACAAGAAGUACACCUCCAUGAAGGAAUCCACCAACUGCCCCUACUACAAUGAGUAUUUUGUCUUUGACUUCCACGUCCCACCAGAUGUCAUGUUUGACAAGAUCCUCAAGCUCUCAGUGAUCCACUCCAAGAACCUGCUGCGGAGUGGCACCUUGGUUGGCACCUUCAAGCUAGAUGUUGGCACAGUCUACUCCCAGCCUGAGCACCAGUUCUACCACAAGUGGGCCAUGCUGUCUGACCCUGAUGACAUCACGGCGGGGUGCAAAGGUUACAUCAAGUGUGACAUCGCCGUGGUGGGGAAGGGGGACAACAUCAAGACUCCCCACAAAGCCAACGAGACGGAUGAAGACGACAUAGAGGGGAACCUCCUGCUUCCAGAGGGAGUUCCUUUGGAGAGGCAGUGGGCGCGGUUCUACGUGAAGAUCUACCGAGCCGAGGGCCUUCCCAAGAUGAACACCAGCAUCAUGGCCAAUGUGAAGAAGGCCUUCAUUGGAGAGAACAGAGACCUGGUGGACCCAUAUGUACAAGUGCUCUUCGCUGGACAGAAAGGGAAGACGUCAGUCCAGAAGAGCAGUUAUGAGCCCAUCUGGAAAGAGCAGGUUGUCUUCACUGAGAUGUUUCCUCCGCUCUGCAAACGCAUCAAGGUCCAGAUACGAGAUUCCGACAAAGUCAACGAUGUCGCCAUAGGAACGCACUUCAUUGACCUGCGAAAGAUCGCCAACGAUGGUGACAAAGGGUUCCUCCCCACCAUGGGCCCAGCCUGGGUAAACAUGUAUGGCUCAACCCGCCACUACACUCUGAUGGAUGAGCACCAGGACCUGAAUGAGGGGCUGGGGGAAGGUGUGUCCUUCAGGGCCCGCCUCCUCAUCUCUGUUGCCGUGGAGAUCCUGGACACCACUUCCACUGAGAUUGUGAGCUCCACCGAGGUGCAGGUGGAGCCUGUCUCCAACAUCUCAGAGAGUGCCACAGGGAAAAUAGAGGAAUUCUUCCUAUUUGGUUCCUUCCUGGAGGCCACCAUGAUCGACAGGAAGAUCGGCGAUAAGCCAAUCAGCUUCGAGGUCACAAUAGGUAACUACGGCAACCAGAUAGACGGAGUGAGCAAGCCCUCCGCAGCUAAGAAGAAGAAGAAAGAGGGAGGAGGAGAGAGUGAUGAGGAAGAGUCAGAGCUGAUCCAGCAGAACUCCAGUGAGGACGAGGUGGAUGAUGAUGGGGAUCUGGUGUCUGUGUCCUCCACCCCUCCCAUGAAACCUGUCAUCACAGACAGGAACUACUUCCACCUGCCCUACUUUGAGAAGAAGCCAUGUAUCUACAUCAAGAGCUGGUGGCAGGACCAGAGGAGACGACUUUACAACUCCAACAUCAUGGACAAGAUUGCAGACAAAAUGGAGGAGGGUCUGAAUGACGUACAGGAGAUCAUUAAGACAGAGAAGGCCUAUCCAGAACGCCGACUCCGAGGGGUGCUGGAGGAACUCAGCACUGGCUGCAAUCGUUUCGUCACUUUGGCCAACAAGGACCAGAACCAGGCAGGCAGAACUAAACUGGACAAAGAGAGACUCAAGUCCUGCAUGAGAGAGAUGGAGAGCAUGGGGCAGCAGGCCAAGCUGAUUCGCUCCCAGGUGAAGAGGAACACAGUUAGAGACAAACUGAAGAUGGUUCAGAACUUCCUGCACAGGCUCCGUUUCCUUGCCGACGAGCCCCAGCACAGUAUCCCAGAUGUGUUUGUAUGGAUGAUGAGUAACAACAAGCGUAUCGCCUACGCCCGCAUCCCCUCUAAAGACAUCCUCUACUCCAUCGUAGACGAGGAGACAGGCAAGGACUGUGGCAAGGUCAAAGCUGUCUUCCUCAGGCUGCCUGGUAAGAAGGGGUUUGGUCCUGCGGGAUGGACAGUGCAGGCUAAGAUGGAGAUGUACCUGUGGCUGGGCCUCAACAAACAGAGGAAGGACUUCCUGUCUGGCCUGCCCAAUGGCUUUGAAGAGAACAAGGCUCCCAGGACAAGCCCCUGUUUGCAGUCUGUACCCCCCGUCAGUCUGGUCUAUAACAUGAAGCAGGUGUUCCAGCUGAGGGCUCAUAUGUACCAAGCCAGGAGUCUGUUUGCUGCAGACAGCAGUGGCUUGUCAGACCCCUUCGCCAGGGUAUUCUUCUCCACACAUAGCCAGGUCACUGAGGUCCUGAGUGAGACUUUGUGCCCUACGUGGGACCAGCUGCUGGUGUUUGAUGAUGUUGAGCUGUUUGGGGAGGCCGGCGAGCUACGAGAUGACCCACCUAUCAUUGUGGUAGAAGUCUACGACCAGGACACUGUGGGCAAGGCAGAGUUCAUUGGUCGGACGUUUGCUAAGCCCAUCACUAAGAUGUGUGACGAGCACUACUGCCCCCCGAGGUUCCCUCCGCAGCUAGAGUACUACCAGAUCUACCGUGGUAACUCUACCGCCGGUGACCUACUGGCUGCCUUCGAGCUGCUGCAGAUUCCCUAUGACGAUGAGGAGAUCAGGAGGGCUCUGAUUGCUGUCCAUGACUUUGCUGUUCCUCAGAUUAAGAUUGGACAAGGGGGGAGGGCGGAGCUUCCUCCCAUCGAUGGUCUGACAGACUCAGACUGUGGACCCAUCCUCCCUGUACCCAUGGGCAUCCGACCUAUCCUCAGCCGCUACCGCAUAGAGGUUCUGUUCUGGGGCCUGAGGGACCUGAAGAGGGUGAAUUUGGCCCAGGUGGACAGACCCAGGGUGGACAUAGAGUGUGCAGGGAGAGGAGUCCAGUCUGCUCUCAUUCAGAACUACAAGAAGAACCCCAACUUCAGCACCCUGGUCAAGUGGUUCGAGGUGGACCUGCCAGAGAAUGAGCUGCUUCACCCUCCUCUGAACAUCCGGGUGGUGGACUGCAGAGCGUUUGGCCGCUACACCCUGGUGGGUUCCCACGCCGUCACCAGCCUGCGACGCUUCAUCUAUAGCCCCCCAGACAAGACGCACAACAACUGGGCCAGCCCAGCUAGACUGAUGAAUGGCUACAUGGUCGUGACCAACGGGGGGUCCCAAUCUCGCCCCUGCUCCCCUUACUCCCCUUACUCCCGCACCCCACCCCACACCCUCUCUCGCCCUGCAGGUGAUGUCACAGUCAACAUGGAUGCCGACCCCUCAGUUAGGAAGAUGGACACGGUGGUCAAGCUAGACGCUACGUCUGAUGCAGUUGUUAAAGUUGAUGUGAACGAGGAGGAGAAAGAAGAGAAGAAGAAGAAAAAUAAGAAAAAGAAGGGAGAGGUGGAGGAGGAUGAUGAGACAGACGAGAGCAUGCUGGACUGGUGGUCCAAAUAUUUUGCUUCCAUAGAGACACUGAUGGAGAUCCUCAGGGCUCAGGAGGCAGUUCUGGCCGAGGCAGAGGAGAGGGAGGACCAGGAGAUAGCAGCAGAGGGAGCAGAUAUCAAACCUGAUGACCUCCCUGUAAAAGGCUCCAAGUGGAAGGAGAAGAGCCAAGACAAGAGCAGGAACAAGGAGAAGAAGAAGAGUCACCAUGCAGGAGAGGGGACAGAGAAACGCUCCAGCAAACCCAAAGUGGACGAGCUGCUGGUGUACAACAAGGAGUUGGAGGCAGAGUAUGAUAACUUUGAGGACUGGCUCCACACCUUCAACCUGUACAGAGGGAAGGCAGGGGACGACGAUGAAGCAGCACUAGAUGACGACAGGAUCGUGGGCAGGUUCAAGGGCUCCAUGUGCAUGUACAAGUUGCCUCUGUCUGAGGAGAUCACCCGGGAGGUGGGCUUCGACCCUAACAUGGGCAUGUUCCAGAGCAUUCCACACAACGACCCUAUCAACGUGAUGGUGCGCGUCUUCGUCGUCAGGGCCACAGACCUCCACCCUGCUGAUGUCAAUGGGAAAGCGGACCCCUACGUCGUCAUCAAACUGGGCAAGUCAGAACUGAAGGAUAAAGAGAACUACAUCUCCAAACAGCUCAACCCUGUCUUUGGCAAGGCAUUUGACAUCGAGGCUACAUUCCCCAUGGAGUCCAUGUUGACCGUGUCAGUGUACGACUGGGAUCUGGUGGGCACUGAUGACCUCAUCGGGGAGACCAAGAUUGACCUGGAGAACCGCUACUACAGCAAACACAGAGCUACCUGUGGCAUCGCUAACAACUACUCUGUACAUGGUUACAACGUGUGGCGUGACCCCAUGAAGCCAAGCCAGAUCCUGGCCAAGCUGUGUAAGGAGGGCAAGCUGGAUGGACCCCACUACGGCCCCGGGGGCAGGGUCAAGGUCGCCAACCGCAUCUUCAUGGGUGUCACAGAGAUCGAGGAUGAGAAUGGUCUGAAGAAGCAGACAGAUGAGCACCUGGCCCUGACGGUGCUGAAGCACUGGGAGGAGAUCCCCAGGGUGGGCUGUAAACUCAUCCCAGAACACGUCGAGACAAGACCCCUGCUCAACCCUGACCACCCUGGCAUUGAACAGGGGCGGAUUGAGAUGUGGGUAGACAUGUUCCCCAUGGACAUGCCAGCACCUGGACCCGCCAUCGACAUAUCACCACGUAAACCUAAGAAAUAUGAGCUCAGGGUGAUUAUAUGGAAUACUGAUGAAGUAAUUCUGGAGGACGAUGAUUACUUCACAGGGGAAAAGUCCAGUGACAUAUUUGUCAGGGGCUGGCUGAAGGGUCAGCAGGAGGACAAGCAGGACACAGACGUCCACUACCACUCUCUGACGGGCGAGGGGAAUUUCAACUGGCGCUUCGUGUUCCCCUUCGACUACCUGAUGGCUGAGGAGAAGAUCGUCAUCUCCAAAAAGGAGUCCAUGUUCUCCUGGGACGAGACCGAGUACAAGAUCCCUGCACGCCUCACCCUGCAGGUCUGGGACGCUGACCACUUCUCUGCUGAUGACUUCCUAGGUGCGAUAGAGCUGGACCUGAACAGGUUUUCCCGCGGGGCGAAGACAGCCAAGCAGUGUUCUAUAAACAUGGUCCAGAACCAGGCAGAGCUGCCCUGUAUAUCCAUCUUCAAACAGAAGAGAGUCAAGGGCUGGUGGCCAUUCCUGGCCCGCGACGAGAACGACAAGAUGGAACUCACGGGUAAAGUGGAGGCGGAGCUUCAUCUGAUGUCGGCAGAGGAGGCAGAGAAAAGUCCUGUUGGUCUGGGACGCAAUGAGCCUGACCCACUGGAGAAACCAAAUCGCCCGGACACCAGUCUCAUGUGGUUUGUGAACCCUCUGAAGUCCAUCCGCUACUUCAUCUGGCACAACUACCGCUGGCUGAUCCUCAAGGCCCUGGGCCUGCUGCUGCUGCUACUCCUGCUGGGUCUAUUCCUCUACUCCUUCCCUGGCUACCUGGUCAAGAAGAUGCUGGGGGCCUGAGGGUGCUGAGACCUAUCAGGGCCACUGGUAGCCCCCUCUCUAUUCUCCUAUCCUAGCGUCCCCUCUCCUGUCCUCUGUUCCUCCUUUUCUGUCACUUUCUCUUUCUCAUUUACCCUCUCUCUGGUCCUCUCCUGUUCUCUCCUCUGUUCCUCCUUUUUACUGAUCCCAUAUCGCUUCUCUCUCUGUCUAUCCUUUUCCUCCCAUCUCCUGCGGUAUCUGUCACUCAAUGGAUUUUAUCACAUCUUCCUCUCCGCUUUCUACCACCUUCCUUUUCUAUAACCUCUUUCUUCUAUCCUUCAACCUCUUUCAUCUCUUGUCUAUCUUUUCAGGUCCUAUUUUCCGCAUCUCAGGUCUGUCUCUCAAUCUUUGUAUUUUCUCAGAUAUACACAGAUUGUGUCCGGUUCCGUUUCCUCUUUGCAUUGUUUCUCUCGUCUCUCAACCUGUCAAUCAUGAGUCUGCCAUUGUGCCCUACACUGUCAUUACACUGGCGGCUUUAGGUUAAGACUUAUUAUAUGCACUGUCAAACUUUUCCCUGUAAAUGACCAGCAUUAUACUGGCACCAGAGUUGCUAGCGGACUAAACUCCACUCCAUGGUGAAGGAAGUUUAUGAUGAACUUCACCAACAGAGUGGAGCAGAGACCAGGCUUUGUGGAAUAUCUAGCUCCGACUACAUCGAUUCGCCCAAGGUCAAUACUUUAACAAAAAAAAUUAUAAUAAUGAAACGCCUACCUGGUACCUAUGUUUGUCUUCUGUAGUUGUAUGCCUUUCUUUGUUUGCUGAAAUCUGUACUUCUUCAAUAAAUGUUAAUCAAAUACAACCACCGACUUUUUGCUCGUUUCUGUUUCUCAGAUGGCAACUUAGUGUGAAUGCGCAUGUGCCCAUUGAA